UCAUACUUGAAACAGUACUGUACAGUCUGCGAGGCGGGGCCAACGAAUUUAGCUAAGAAGGAACUCCUGUGUUUAUGGAUUCAUGAAUGUGAAAGCCCAUUAUGAGGUCUGUCCUGCUGGCCCCUCUUCUCUUCCUGCUCCUGACAGCAGGAAGUGAUGUCACAGGGAAGGGAUUUGACCAGAAGCCCAACUUUGUUCUAAUGGUUGUUGAUGACUUGGGAAUUGGUGAUAUAGGGUGCUACGGUAAUGACACCAUUAGAACUCCAAAUAUCGACAGACUUGCUUCUGAGGGGGUGAAGCUAACUCAGCACAUUGCAGCUGCCCCACUCUGCACCCCAAGUCGUACUGCUUUUAUGACAGGCCGUUAUGCAAUCCGCUCAGGAAUGGUUAGCACAGGGCGUGUCCAGGUGCUGCUGUUCCUGGGAGGUUCAGGAGGGCUUGUACCCAGUGAGACCACCUUUGCUAAGAGACUGCAGCAUCAAGGAUACACUACUGGUCUAGUGGGUAAAUGGCACUUGGGUGUGAAUUGCAAACACAGAGGGGAUCACUGUCAUCACCCGAACCAGCAUGGCUUCAGUUACUUCUAUGGUCUACCGUUCACCCUGUUCAAUGACUGUGUGCCUGGAGAGGGCAGCGACGUGCUGGUAGAUCUCCAGCGCACGCUCCAAAAUUUGACCAUGUUGCUCGGAGUUGGACUUCUCACAAUCGUGUGUGUCCGUGUGUGUGGCCUUUUUGAAGUCAGCCUGUGGCUCCUGGUACUACAUUUCUUUCUCUGCAUCCUAGCAACUGCUGUGUGGUAUGUGCCCUUUGAGUUCUUGUCAACAUGGAACUGCAUCAUUAUGAGGAACCAAGAAGUAAUCGAACAGCCGAUGACCGUAGAGACACUGCCCCAGAGAUUGCUGGGAGAAGCACAAAACUUUAUAAAGAGGAAUGUGGAUCAUCCAUUCCUCCUAGUCUUCUCAUUGGCCCAUAUCCACACGCCAAUGUUUAAAACACCACAGUUUGCUGGCAAAAGUCGGCAUGGUGCCUACGGUGACAACCUAGAAGAAGUGGACUGGAUGAUUGGUAAAAUUACAGAGACGGUGGAUUCCCUUGGCAUUGCCAACAAUACUCUGAUGUACUUUACAUCAGAUCAUGGUGGGCAUCUGGAAGAUUCUGAUUCACAAACUGGGCAGAAAGGAGGCUGGAACGGCAUCUAUAAAGUUGUUUCACAUGUAGGUGGGAAAGCUAUGGGGGGCUGGGAAGGGGGGAUCAGGGUACCUGGUAUUUUCCGCUGGCCAGGCAGGCUGAGAGCAGGAAAAGUGGUGGAUGAACCCACUAGCCUCAUGGAUCUCUAUCCCACCCUUAAAUAUUUAGCCAAGGACACACAACCAGACAGACAAUCCGAUGGCUAUAACCUCAUGCCGCUGUUGGAGGGGGAAGUUGCACGAUCAGAGCAUGAGUUCAUGUUCCACUACUGUGGCAUCUACCUGAAUGCAGUGCGCUGGCACCCGCCUGGCAGUGACUCUAUCUUCAAGGUGCACUUCUUCACUCCCAACUUUUUUCCUCCGGGCGCCGGUGGCUGCUAUGACACAAGGAUUUGCCUUUGUCAUGGAGAGCAUGUGACUCACCACGACCCGCCACUACUGUAUGACCUCUUCCACGAUCCCUCAGAGUCUCGGCCUCUGACUCCUGAUACUGAGCCCCGAUAUGCUGAAAUCCUUGAGCAGACCGCCAAAGCUGUGGAGAGACAUAAAAGCACACUCCCAAAUGAACAGGCACCUGCUGAUGCUCAUUCAGAGGCCAAUACAGCUGAACAGGGCGUCGAAUUGCAACUGACUUGGGACAAGAUUUUGUGGAAACCCUGGCUUCAGCCUUGCUGUGGGACUUUUCCAUUCUGUGGAUGCAAAGAGAACACAACUCAUAUGUAAGAAAGACAAAAGUUAGAACAAACGACUUUGGCUUCAUAAAGGUGCUCGCUGGUUAAAAAAAUCUAAUAAAAUAGUUGAAUAAUUUAAUUAGUGCUUUAGUUUUUGUAGAUUGGAACACAUUCACUGGAUUUAUAGCACAUUCAGUUUAAAGAUACCAGUUUAUUGUGUGGAAAUGAAGAGAGAAGCUGAAAAAUUACUAAUUAAAUUAAUUAGAAAUAAUCCAGAACCAAGUGUAUUAGUGUUGAAGUGGACUCCACUCGACUAUAGCUGUGAUACUGUAAUCUACAUUUUUGGUGCAGUUGAGUCAAGGAAGAUUUAGCUGUGUAAUAAUUCAGUGAAGUGAAUUAGUGCUUUUAAUUUGUAUUGGGAAAAGUGGCUUCAUGGUGUAGUGGUUACCACAUUCACCUUACAUGCAACGAGACACAAGUCCAGCUUCAUGGGGUCACAAGCUCGUGUAGCUUUAAUGCCGGUUCCAAGCCCAGAAAAAUGAGAGGGUUACAUCAGGAAGUGUAUUUGGCACCAAGUCAAGCGUGAGCAUUCAUCCACUUUGACAAGCCCUUGAGAAAUAAAGGAGCAGCCGAAUGUACCUUUUCAUCUUAUAAUAGGAAAAACGUUAGCCAUGCUUUUUAUAUAAAAGAAGGAAGAAGAAAAAAAGAAAAACCUCGGUGAGUUUUAAUGAUUUUGCCUGCAUUCAGUCUUCUGGUGAGGUCAUUGUGCUUUACCCUGUCUGUUUCCGUUGUCUCUCUCUAUGCUCUUGUCUUUCUCCUUACUCCAACUGGUUGAGGCAGAUGUCCACAAUCCCUGAGUCAGGUUUUCCUGGAGGUUUCUUCCUGUUAAAAGGGAAUGUUUAUUUAUUUGUUUUAAUCUACUGUGCCAAGUGUUUGCUUAGAGGGCAUUAUUGUGUUUAUGUCUUAGAGUCAUUACGUAAAAUGGGAAGUACCUUGAGAUGUUGUGAUUGGGAGCUAUGUAAAUAAAAAUGAAUGGAUUGUA